UUCAACCCGCCAUAUGUGAUGUCGCAGAUUCGCCAGAAACGUCCGUUAAAGUAAUUUUAAUAUAAUAAAAUUUCCUCAAAAUGAUCUUUGGAACCAAAAAUAAACAUUAGGAACAUUUGGCGAGGCCUUUGGACCACGGAUUUAUUUGAGAACGAUGGAACCCACGCGAGCAGAGGGUUCUCCUGUCUUCAUGUGCAAAAUAUGCAACCUGUUCUCUCCCAAUAAGUCACUGCUCCUCUCUCAUGUCCUUGAGACACAUACCAAGGAGGAGAGUGAUGCGGAUGACGUCAUUAUCCCACUCAAGCCUUUACAGUCGCCUCAAGCACCACCUGCAGAUGGUGUCGUCAAAAGAAAACGCGGCAGACCGAAGGGUUCCACUAAGAAGGUCCAGGCAGAUAAAUUGAGGUUGAGCAAAGCAUCCAGUCAGCCAAAGAAAGAGAUGUGCAGCCCGAAUAUGCAGCCAGAAUCUGUGGCUGAACAACAAAGUGAAGAUGACGCAGGGUUGGAGUGCAGAAAAUGCCAGCGCAAGUUCAGCAACAAGCGACAAAUUUCCAAGCACAUCUGUUUCGCAGGACUCAAAGAAGUCAUUGAUGAUGAUGAGAACCAUGGUAACAAUCCAGACACUGUUAAGACAGUAGAUGGAGAAGAAAUUAUGGAAUCCACACCAAAGAAGGCACGAACAGUAAGGACAAAUAAGUCCUCUAGUGUGAAGGAUCCAGAGUCAACAAGCUGCACCAAAAACCCCAUCGUCAGCGUGGUCCUUGCAGCUCAUGAAGCCAUCCCUGGUGCCACCAAAAUAGUUCCAAUUGAGGCUGCCCCAGCUGAGGAAGUUAUCCCACCAGAUGCUACCGCAGAACCCCAAGAGCCAGCGCUAAAGAAAGGUUAUCAAGAAUAUGCCAUACAGCAAGCUGCUUACGAGGUGCCUCUCAAAUCUAACAGGUUAGGGCAGACACAGCUGAAAAUUUUCACUUGUGAGUACUGCAACAAAGUCUUCAAGUUCAAGCACUCUCUUCAAGCCCAUUUACGAAUUCACACCAAUGAGAAGCCAUUCAAGUGCACCCAGUGCGACUACGCCAGCGCUAUCAAGGCUAAUCUCAGUGUUCACAUGCGGAAACACACUGGAGAGAAAUUCAGCUGUGAGCACUGCUCAUUCAGCUGCCUGAGCAAGGGCCAUCUCAAGGUGCAUGUGGAGAGGGUGCACAAGAAAAUCAAACAGUAUUGCCGUUUCUGCAAGAAGAAGUAUUCCGACGUUAAGAACUUGCUCAAGCACAUCCGGGAGAGUCAUGACCUGGAAGACAAUAAAGUGAGAGAGUCCUAUGAUGAGUACAGACUUCAAACCAGAGAGGGCAAGAGACAGCUUCUAUAUGACUGUCAGAUAUGUGACCGCAAAUUUAAGAAUGAACUGGACCGUGAUCGUCAUCUGAUGGUACACGGCAGCAAGAGGCCCUUUGGCUGCGAGCUGUGUGAUCAUGGUUCCACCAAGUUCCAGGCACUCCAGGCUCAUAUCAGGAAGCAUCCCUUUGUGUACGUGUGUGCCAUUUGCCUGGAGAAGUUUGUCAGUUCGGUGCGCCUCAAGUCUCACUUCCAGCACACUCACCCUGAGGUGGACAAGUCUACGGCCUUCUCAGAUUCUAUCCAGAGGAGCUUCUGCCUGCUGAAACCUGGAGAUGAUAUUCAGCAUGACCUAUUGAAACAAGAGGAGCUGGAGAUUACAAGGGAGUUGUCCCUCCUCAAUUCGGAAGAAGUGCUUGUUGCAGAAGCAGGCACAAUAGAAGAACAUGAGGCUCAAGCUCAAUGUCUUGGAGGUUUAACUAAAGAGACAGACCCACUGGAGCAGGACUCCCAAGAGGGUUUACCUACAACACAUAGCAUUAACAAUUGCCCUGUCAUAGAGACUGGGACAACUGUGGAAACUCGGACACAUGGGACAGUUUGUGAGGCCACACUGGACAAAGAUAUACCCCAGGGCAGUUUGCCGAGUGUGGACUGCAAUGUAGCACAGUUUGAGAAUCCUGACAAAGAAAACAUAAACAUGCCUUCACAUAGUUCUUCAACUGAAACAGUUGAUAUGUCGUCAAACCAGCAGAUACUGUCUGGAGACGCAAGCGACGUGCCAGUAGCUCAAUGUCAAUCUGCUUCUCAAAGUAACCCUGCCCCUAGUGGUGAAGAGGCUUUGGCCAACACAGACCAAGAGGAAAAAUCUGCUUUCUUGCAGAUUUUAGAUCAAAUGCAAAAAAGGGAGCUAAACAUGGAAAUUUUUGAGAGGAUACGUAAAGUUUACGGAGACUUGGAGUGUGAAUACUGUGGUAAGCUUUUCUGGUACCAGGUGCACUACAACAUGCACGUGCGAACACAUACACGUGAGCACCUGCAUUACUGUUCCCAGUGCAGCUACUCUUCCAUCACCAAAAACUGCCUGAAGCGGCAUGUCAUCCAGAAACACAGCAAUAUUCUUCUCAAGUGUCCUUCGGAAGGGUGCCAGUACUGCACGCCGGAUAAGUACAAGCUACAAGCCCAUCUUAAAACACAUUCAGAAAUUGUUAAAAAGCAAUUUAUCUGUCCACUCUGUAUGGAGCCAUUUCCAGAAGACAAACUCAGAUAUCAUGUCAAAACUAGUCAUCCAGAUGAAUCAUGGAGCACCAUCUCAGAAACACUAGGAAUACGUGUACAUGUAAAGGGAGUGAUAGGGAAACGAGCCUCCAAAUGCCCAUACUGUGACUACUUCUUCACAAGGAACGGAGCUGACAUGCAACAGCACAUAUGGGCUCAUGAAGGAGUGAAGCCCUUCAAGUGUUCACUAUGUGACUACGCCUCUCGCAGUAAAAGCAACCUGAAGGCUCACCUGAACAGGCACAACACUGAGAAGACCCACCUCUGCGAUUUGUGUGGGAAGAAGUUCAAGUCUAAGUGUACUCUGAAGAGCCAUAAGCUUAUGCAUUCAGCAGAUGGUAAGCAGUUCAAAUGUACUGAGUGUGAUUUCACUGCAGCGCAGAAGCCACACCUCCUGCGCCACAUGGAACAGCAUGCUUCUUUUAAGCCAUUCCAUUGUGCACACUGCCAAUACUCCUGCAACAUCUCAGGCUCUCUUAAAAGACAUUAUAAUAAGAAGCAUCCCGGUGAGCAAUACUGCAACACAGGUCCUGGAACAGCCUCUUCAGAAACUGUGAUAGAGCAAGGAGGAGUGAAAUGUCCAGUCUGUAACUAUGUUUACGGCACUAAAUGGGAAAUGAACAGACACCUGAAGAGCAAGCACUGGAUCAAAGUGGUUGACAAUGACCAUCUUGGGCUGAAUCAAUGGGAGGUGGUAGAAUCAGUCGAGGAGGCGAACACACAGUAUCUUCAAAUUGCUGAGACAGAGGACGCUCAGGGAACAGAGGCCGCUGUGUCAGCACUGCAGAACCUGCGUUUUAAUACACAAAACGGUGUUGUGUCAGCCACAGCAGCGGACAGACUGGACCCUGCCUCAGUUAAUAUUCUUCAGCAAAUAAUCGAGCUUGGCACCGAGAACCCCGAUGCUACCGUGGCCUCUGUGGUUGCCAUGGCGCCUGGCACAGUCACUGUAGUGGAACAGGUGACAGAGGAGGAGCAGCAGACUGGCCAUGCCAUGAUAAUCCAGGAUGCCCUGCAGCAGGCUUCAGUGGGCCUUGGAGAAGAGCACCACCUGGUGGUGUCUUCAGAUGAUGUGGAGGGCAUAAAGACGGUCACAGUGUACACACAGGGCGACGAAGCUUCUCAGUUCAUAGUCUACGUUCAGGAGGCUGUACAAACUGAAGAGACCACCACAGAAGUUGCGUAAAAAGUCUGUGGCACAGCGAUGCUGACAAGUUGCCAGCAUAGCUGAAGCGACAGUUUGGCAAAAACAAAAAACGAUUCCACAAUUUCCCCUCCUUACCCCAAAUAUAGCUGACCAGUCAAUUUCGUUUGGUGUGUGAAUUUUGCUUCUUUAGUUUUGCUGUGGGCCUACAAGGCUAAUGUAGUUAACAAGUAACGGAACCUUAAUUAGCACUAUGCAAUCUGUAUGCCUCAUACCCACAUAAACUUGCUCAGAUGGUUUUAACACAGUAUGACACACUGUUACCUAUAAACACAGUACAGACAAAAUUCAGGCUUCAGGGUGGCUGCUGUUUGUCAGAAAGUGUUUGGAGAAAACUGGAGUGUUUGUCAGAAACCCUCUGGGUUAAGGGGAACAUUUGUGUAAAUCAGAUUUUUCUGCCAAACUGUCCCUUUAACAAGUGGACAAACUGCCAUAUGCCUUACAAAGGGUUGCCAGUUGAUGCAAUAAAUAAAAAUCCACCAUUCAGUGGUCACACAUAGUACAUAAUGGAAGGAAAGUCUAAACGCUUAACUGCUAAUGGAGAACAGUAUGAGACAUUUGUUUUACAGUUGUAAUGGAAUUAAUACUGAAUGUACUUUACAAGAAAUCUCAAAAACAUUUCAUUUCCCUGUUAUGAGAAGGUGUAUAUAUAGCCUCCUUAAGAGCUCCAGUGCCACUCAUAGCCUUUCCUUUCUUUUGUAGUUUUUAUAAGAUUGUAAAUGUUAUGGAUACCAAAAUUAUUAAAAAGAACUUUUACUAUAAAA